UAAGCCAGCAGAUGUGCCAUACACUGGUUUAACCUCCGUCCCACCUCUCUCUCUCUUUCUCUUCUUUCUCUCCCUGAGCUUGGAGUCUCUCCUAUAUCUCAUCUUGUGUUUAUUGGGUUUUUUCUCUCACACGCAAUGUUAACAGGGAGAGCAGAGAACGUUUUGUAGCGUCUGAUCUUGUGUCAGCUUUAUUUCUGCAUUUCUGCUGAAAGUUCAUAUAUCUAGUACAGCAUCACAAGAGGCUCAAUGCGGCUGUGUGUGCGCUUGCUGGUUUUGCUGUUCGGGCUGCAGUGUGUUUGGACUCAGCAGGAAGAGUAUGAUGAAGAAUAUGAAAAUGAAGGAGAAGAAGAAGAAGAAGUGAGGAAUGGCAGGAGCAGAGGCAAAAGCAAACUCGUGACAACCAGCAUAACACCGAAAAACAAUGCACAAUCACCUGUGGAUGAGGACUGCUCUCUGGAGCUGGCAUUUUUGUUGGACAGUUCAGAGAGUGCCAAGGACAACCACGGCCAGGAGAAGCAGUUUGUAGCUGACGUGAUCGAACGUGUCCAGAACAUUCGGCUCCAGACUGGACGUGGUUUGAGUUUUAGGUCCGCCCUCCUCCAGUAUAGCAGCCAUGUGAUCCAAGAGCAAACCUUCAGCCAAUGGAGAGGUGUGGCCAACUUCAAAGCUAACAUUGCUCCAAUGUCCUACAUUGGGCAAGGGACAUAUUUGACGUAUGCCAUCACAAACCUCACUAAUUUGUACCUGAAAGAGUCAGAGGCAGGCAGUGUGAAGGUAGCCAUUUUACUGUACGAUGGCCAGUCACAUCCAAAAAACCCUGAUAUAUUCUCUGCUGCGGCUGAUGCUAAGAACCAAGGUGUUCGAUUUUUUGCCAUUGGUGUCACACCUGCGGCCAAUGAACCUCCAAAAAUGGCCCAGUUGAGGCUUCUGGCCAGUUCACCCUCAUUGCGCUAUCUACAUAACCUCCAGGACAAGGGCAUCGUGGAGAAGAUCAUCAAAGAGCUGACGGAGUUGGCAGAUGAAGCGUGUCCCUUGAAUAAGAGGUGUGUGUGUGAGAAAGGAGAGAGAGGACCCAGUGGCCCUGCUGGGAAGAAAGGUCGGCCGGGUGAAGAUGGAAGUCCAGGGCCAAAAGGGCAGAAGGGAGAAAGCGGCCAUCAAGGACUUCCAGGUCGAGAGGGGUCAGAGGGCAAACCUGGGUAUAAAGGAGAGAAGGGAGAGAGAGGAGAGUGUGGAAUGCCUGGAGUAAAGGGAGACAGAGGACCUGAGGGUCCAGUGGGCACUAGAGGAAGCCGUGGGCUGCAGGGAUUGCCUGGACCUAAUGGUGAUGUUGGCCCUGAGGGUCCACCAGGGAAAAAAGGUGAGAGAGGCCUUCCUGGUCCACCAGGACUUCAGGGUGAAAUUGGAAUAGGGCUUCCUGGGCCAAAGGGUGAGAUGGGACUCCAGGGCAGAAUGGGGCCUCCUGGCCCACCUGGGCUUGGUGAACCUGGCUUACCAGGACCUCAGGGGCCACAAGGUGUGCAAGGGGAGAAAGGGCCUGCAGGAGAGGGCUUUCCUGGACCAAAGGGAGAGAGAGGCCCUGAGGGACCAAGAGGACAAAGGGGGCCAACAGGACCUGGCAUUAAAGGAGACAAGGGUGACAUCGGACCUCCUGGGUUACCCGGACCACUCGGCCUUCCUGGACUGGGCAUACAGGGAGAAAAGGGAGUGGAGGGGCCACGUGGCCCUCCUGGGGUCAGGGGCCUGCCGGGCGAGGGUUACCCAGGACCAAAGGGUGAUCAAGGGUUACCAGGAGAGUCCGGAGCACCGGGAGAGAGAGGUUUGGGAGAACCAGGACCAAAGGGUGAACCAGGAGCACCUGGGUUGUCAGGGUUGCCAGGUCUACCUGGAGAGGAUGGAGCUCCAGGGCAAAAGGGGGAACCUGGUGUUCCAGGUUUAAGAGGACCAGAGGGAGCACCUGGGGUUGGCACUCAGGGUGAAAAAGGUGACCAGGGCCAGAGAGGAAUCCGUGGCUUAGCUGGACCUCCAGGAAUCGCUGGACCAUCGGGAGCAAAGGGUGAGCCAGGAUCACCAGGGCGGCUGGGCUUACCAGGGCUACCAGGACGUGCACUAGCAGGACCGAAGGGUGACAUAGGUCCACCAGGUCCUCCUGGCCCCUUGGGGGAAACAGGCUAUGGCCUUCCUGGACCAAAGGGUGACCGUGGAGACCCAGGUCCUUCUGGUCCAUUUGGGCCAAAAGGAGAUGGCUAUCCUGGACCAGCAGGUCCUCCUGGGCUUCCUGGGCUUCCAGGAGAGCCUGGUCCAGAGGGAUUUGGUAUCCAAGGACCAAAGGGUGACAUUGGGUUCAGAGGGUUGCCAGGACUACCAGGACCUCCAGGAGAAGGGCUACAAGGACCACCGGGCAACUCUGGAAGACCAGGACCUCCAGGUGCUCCAGGACCACCAGGACAGGGAGUACAAGGGCCAAAGGGUGAGCAUGGAUCUCAGGGCAUGACUGGGCCAAGAGGACCACCUGGCGAUGGCUUCGCAGGGCCAAAGGGUGACCGUGGUUCUAAAGGUGAAAAAGGUAUAAAAGGGAACAAAGGUGACAUAGGAGAUCCUGGUAAUCCAGGACAACCAGGCAGACAAGGAGUGAAGGGAGAAUCAGGGCUGACGAGAGAAGACAUCAUCAGAAUGAUUAAGGAGAUCUGUGGCUGCGGAAUCAAAUGCAAAGAGCGUCCCAUGGAGCUUGUGUUUGUGAUUGACAGCUCAGAGAGCGUUGGCCCGGAGAACUUUGAGAUCAUAAAGGAUUUUGUGACGGCACUGGUGGACAGAGUGACAGUGGGCCGCAAUGCCACACGGAUUGGAGUGGUGCUCUACAGCCUGGAGGCCAGAGUGGAAUUUAAUCUGGCCCGAUACAUGACCAAACAGGAUGUCAAACAGGCCAUCCGAAAGAUGCCUUAUAUGGGUGAAGGUACAUAUACAGGAACUGCCAUUCGAAAGGCUACACAGGAAGCUUUCUACAGUGCCCGGUCAGGUGUCAGCAAGGUCAUCAUUGUCAUCACAGAUGGACAGACGGACAAGCGGGAUCCGGUGGUGCUGGACAUUGCAGUCAGGGAGGCCCACGCAGCCAACAUUGAGAUGUAUGCUCUGGGUAUUGUUAACAUCAGCGAUCCAACACAAGCAGAGUUUCUCAGUGAGCUGAAUCUCAUCGCUUCUCAACCUGACACUGAGCACAUGUAUCUGAUAGAUGACUUCAACACCCUGCCAGCUUUGGAAUCUAAACUAGUCAGUCAGUUCUGCGAGGAUGAGAAUGGAGCUCCAUUUUUUAAUCGCAUCAAUGGUAAUGGAUUUGGUAACCAUGCCAACCGCAUCAACAAUUACCCAUAUGGAUUUGGUCACAAUGGCAACCGGAUUGGCAGUUACGGGAACAACGUGUACGAGAGCAACCGAGGAGAAACACACACAGGAACUCAUGCUGGGACACACAGUGAAACACACACCAGAACUCAUACUGCGACAUCCACUGGCAGAGGGGACAGUUUGCCUGCACCAGUUACUCCAGAUGUCCCUCGAGAGCCACACACAGCAGAUACUUACACACACUCCAUAUCAGAGCACAGCAGCAGUGUAGACAUUCCAACAGGCAACAGAACAUCUUCACACGACAGGGCUUCAUCAGGAUCCUCCUCCUCCUCCUCCUCCACCUCAUCAUCAUCAUCGUCGUCAUCAUCAUCAUCAUCAACAACUGUAAUAACAUCAUCCAGUUCAGUGCAUUAUGUCCCUGCCCCACGGCCACCUUUACCUAAAGAAAUUGUACCCCUGGACCCUCGCUGUGAACUGACACUAGACCAGGGUCCAUGUCGUGACUAUAAUAUCCGCUGGUAUUACGACCGGCAGGCCAAUGCCUGUGCCCAGUUCUGGUAUGGAGGCUGUGAUGGCAACCGCAACCGCUUUGACACUGAGGAGGAGUGCAAAAAGACCUGUGUGGUCUCACGAGCAGGAGGAUGAGGAACAAAGAAGAUUUUUAUAAUAGACUGUUAUAUACUGGGUUAAUACCUGUAAUACCUCAAGUGUCAAUCUCACUGAGAGAUGUGCACAUAACAGCUGAAAUACAUAUUUCAUAUAGUUAACAUCUUACUGUUUCUGUGAUUUGUUGUGUAAAUAAUUUCUGUACCUGCUUAAAUCAAUUAAACUAUAUUUUAGCACUAGUUGUAUUUUAGCUGUAUUUUUGUAAUAGCUGUAUUAAGUUCCAAAGAGCCAUUCCAGUGUCUAUCAGUGAAUAAUAAUGGUAGCUUAGUAGCUUAGUAAUUAAAAGAAUGUUCAUUUUUCAGCUUAGUCUCCCACAAACAUCAAUUUCCAGAACAGAACGUUGACUCAACACUCAAAAUAAAAGCAAACGAGCAGUUGCUCUCUCUCUCUCUCUCUCUCUUUCAUAUAUAUACUUCUGCAGUGGCCAUGAGUAAAGCCUAAACCCUAAAUUGAUCCACAAAUGUUUGCAGUACCUGUAAAAGCAAAGCAUACAUGUGUUUAAGAACAGUAGUAAACUCCUUGAUCACUUCAUUUGAAACACUCCCCACUUCAUUCCAUCUACUAAUAUGUCCACUAUAUAGGUGUACAGUUAGCCCAUUUGUUGCUGCACAGUUUAUCCCCACCCCUCUAUCAUUAUUCAUCAUUGAUCAGUUUCCAGUUACAACCAUAGUUGAUCAGAUCAUAUUUGGGUGGUUGAUCAUUUUCAACAAAGCACUGACACUGACAUGGUAGUGUGUGUGGUGCUAGUAUAAGUGUAUCAGGUACAGGGUUGUUAGUUUAUGAGUGGUCCACUAGGAUAUCCAGACAAGAGCAGCUCUGUGGUCAGAAAUUGACCAUUGAUGGAGGUUUAAAGAAUGGCUAAAAAACUGUGCAUCAGCUGAUGGGACACAGUCUGUAUCUGUACACCAUCUACAAGGGAGGGGUUUCCAAUAAAGUGGACACUGGGUGCACAUAUGCUAUGGGUGCUUUAUGUCAUGUGUAUCUGAGGCUGAUUAAGAGCCAUAACGACAAUAGCUGUGAACAAUCAGUAUUGUAUAAUUAACACUGUCAAUGUAAUGUUGCAAUGUCCUCAUUUCAAUUUUAAGACAUACUUUUUUGACAAUUUUGGUGUAAUAUUGUUUGUCUUAUCCCAGGUUUUUUU